GAAGAGUAUCAACCCUCUUUCUUCUGAUGAAGUUUAACAUGCUUUUAAAUUUUUUGGGACUCCUAAGGAAAUCCCACAAACUUUUCUUCAGAAAUGGGAAGGCUGUGUCCUCCAUGACCCUUCUCAUAAUACUCGUUAGGUCUUUCCUCUUGGUGAUUAAUUUCUACACCCUCAAACCAAUAAUCACUGGUUUUGCAAUCAAGGCACGCUUCCUGGCAACUACGAGUCCCAGAGGCGCUGAAUUCGCAGAUCUUGUAACUGCUGCCAAUCUCAGUCUUAGCAUCAGCAGUAUCAUACUGUGGAAAAGACUUGUCCAUCAAGGAACUUCUACCAAAGGCACUGAAGUCAUUGAAAAGACCAUUUGUACAUGGUUUUACAUAACACUGCUUGAUCUAGGGAUUGUCGCUAAAGCUAUACCAGUAAAAGCAGUGAUAAUUCCAUUGCUCCUCUUAAAUUGUAUCAGCUGCCUCAUAGCUAUGGUUUCGCGAAUGGCAUACACAGUCCUGUACUAUGAGUCCAAGGCGACUCAUGGUGAAGAGCUUGAACGUACUGCAAGGAAGCUUGGACAUGCUAAGGUUACCUCUGAUACCCCUCUUAUCAAUGCAGAUGCAAUUUGAUGAAGAAUGUCACUCUUUCGUAAUCGAGUGUAUAUUUUUGCUUGUGUUGUUAGUUUGUAACCACACAU